AUGGAGCCCGUAGACCUGGGCCACCACGACAACUUCCUUCUCAAUGACGAUAUUAAAAGGUCGACGGCCGACUUCCACAAACACAUUUUCGACAACGUAGCCAUCUACAGCAAAUAUCGAGUCACGGCCCUGACGCACCUCAAGGACCUUGGCUCGAUAUUCUCACACGAGUACCUGUUCUUCACCGCCCAUCAUACCGAAACCGGGCAGCCUGUCCGCUUCCUGGCCGAGCGGGACGUGGCCAAGGACGUCGUCAUUGUAGGGCCUCUCGUCACACGCAAGCUCGGGUCGUCGACGAAACCGCUCCCACUGCCGCUGCGGAUCCUGACGUUCGACACCUCGGCGGCGACCCGGGAGCGACCAAGCCUCUUCCAAGUAGCAGCCGUCCUGAAGAGAACCUCGGCUGCCGGCGGCACCUACAAGCCCGGGUUCAAGGACUGCUUCUGGUUCGCCAGGGUCGUAUACUCGGCGUUUCACGAGCGGUACAAGACGACGUCGACCCAUACAACAGUCAACUCGGUCAGCCCCGGCCGAUUGACGAGGUGGAUAUAUCCCCAGCUGUUCAAGGGCCGUAUGCUGGUAAGCUCUCCCAGCACUUCCCCUGAUGUCAGAACCAACGACGCCGGAUGA